UGAUGUAUUUGUGCCGGCGCCAUCAUGAUCGCCCAAACAUCAGAAAACGCAAGUUCUCAGGGAUCUCCUAGUUCCCAGGACAGCCAGCAACAGCAAGGGCAGAAGAGUCCAAUCGAGGUGAAACCCGGGACAAACUUGUACGUAAAAAAUUUGUGUGACACGAUCGACGAUGAGCAACUGAAGAAGCAUUUCUCUUCCUUCGGCACCAUCACAAGUGCGAAAGUUAUGACAGGAGAGGGCGGUCGAUCAAAAGGCUUCGGUUUCGUUUGUUUCUCGACGGCAGAGGAAGCGUCAGAAGCAAUGAGGACAAUGAACGGCCGGAUCGUGGAAGGUAAACCACUUUAUGUUGCUUUGGCACAGAAAAAAGAAGAGAGACGUGCAUUUUUGUCCAGCCAGUAUAAACAACGUAUGGCCAGUCUGGCUCAACCUCAAGUGCCGCCCCAGCAGUCUCAACAACCACAACCACCCCCACCCGUUCAAGCGGCUGUUGCAGUCGCACCCCAGCCACCACCACUUCAGCAUCCACCUGUAGCGGCAACUCCACCUCAGCAACAACAAUAUCCGCAUGGCUUCUUCAUCCCUAUGCCACAAUCCCAAGUGACCACACAGAGCUUUUUUGCUCCUUCAGUGAGCCAGGUUUACCCUGCACCUCGCUGGCCCACAGCUCAGAUGUACCCGGUACAAGCACAUCAAGGCCAGCCAAUGGCCAGUCUGAGGUAUGCACAUGUUCAUCCUAGCCCAACACCCGCAUCACUAGGUCUUGGGCCUGCAGCUGUGCGACCAAUGCCUAUAACGAAUCUCGGCCAUGCCCAUGUUCCAGUCACUCUACAGUCCAAUUUCAACACAACAUUUCUGCCUAUGAACAAUGCCCAUCAUCCACACCACCAUGCUCACCAUCCUCCAUUCACUGUGCCUGUUGGAGCCACCAUGAAUUCCAUCCCAGGCCUCGCUGUACAUCCUCUACAAAAUAUCACCAUUCCUAUUGCACAGACUCCUUGGGGCACACACAGUAACCAAGGUGAGCCCUGAGAAUAGCUGUUGUAGUCUAGGAAUGCAUUCAGAGCCAGGUGGAAGAUGGAAUCAACAACACUUCCUUGUUGUGAUGUAUAUGAUAACAGAUGAGUGCUUGUUUUCAAGACUGAUGGAUGACUGUCCAGUUGCAUCAUCUCCCCAGACAUUUGUGAGCUAUUUAAUAUCCUAUUUUUACUGAAUCAUGCAAGAAGUGUGGUGCUGGUUAUUUUGUUUGCAAAAGCACCUUGACUGCAAUUUUUAUGUUACAAAAAACCUUUAAGAUGUGCCCAGCCCUAUCUGAUGCAUUUGUGAGAGUUCCAAGCAGAUUGAAUUAGCCUGUGUGGUGAGGUGAAUUACAUAUUCAUCUUUCUACCUAGUUGUGAUGGUGAGCUAGUUUGUGAAGAUGAUUUUUUACUUUAAACAGUGAGAUUCUACUGCAUGGAUAAUACUGAUUAACUCUGAGAACCCCGUGAAGGGGGCACACCUUGAAGUCUAAAAUGCUGCAGGUUAUUAAGACUCAGCAAGCCAAGAGACCAAAAUAAGAAAUUGCUGAGACGCAUACCUUUGCUUAUACUGCAGGCAAGCUGAAGCUACUUGUGGCAUGUUUUGUGUUUUCGAGUUAUAGGUUUUGCUUUUGAUUCCUUCAGACAUUUAAGCUGCCCUGUUGAUAUUUUUAAUGGUGAAUAUCAAAUAUGUAAAGUUGGAUGGAUGUACUGUGAGGAGUGCUUAAGGCUUUGUUUGAGUUCAUUUGAAAUUUUAAGUGAAUGGUGAUGAGUGAUUUGUGCAUGUCUUGGAAUAUAAGAGUUUUGUCACAUGAAACAAGUAUUGUUCUGAGAUUUGCAGUUAUUCAUCCUGUCUCUAGUACCAGGUGAAUAUUGAUGCAGGUGUCAAGCCUUGAUUUAGAAUGUGAACAUUGACAAAUUUUCAGCUAUGAAUAUGAAAUACCAUUUAACAUAAAGCCACUUCCAAGUAGUUCCAAAUGGCUUGCACCAUUUUCAAUUUUUAAUCAUGCCAUAAAAAAAUAGGAAUGAUCUUUUAGUGCUUCAGAGAAGACAUGCUUUCUUUUCUUAUGCAGAUGAGGAUAUGAUGAUACAUUAUUUUUAGUUUAGGGUUUCAGUAGACAUACUCCAUGUGUUACUGAAAAUAUGACCUUUCCAAAAUUUGAUAUAACUGAUAGACUUGAUGCACGAAAGCUGGGAAAUAAUUUGCUUUGAGUGACACCAACACAUGAUGCCAAUGUUCAAUGGAAGGUUGAUACUGAUCAGUAUUGUGUAAAAGUGGAGUGGUUUUUGUGUUACGUAAGUCCAUAUGCGAAAGUGUAGCAACAUAGGGGUCUGUUAUGUUGAAUAUAUAGAACAUUGCCACAUUUGACAAUAAUAGAGAUGGACUUAAGUAUAGUGAUGUCAGUUGCAUUUAGAUUACAGGAGGCAGAGUUGAAGAAGCAGGUCAGCUGUGUUCCUGAUAAGAGUGACUUUUUUUCUCACCUAGAUUACCAUGUAUUGAAUUGCAUAUCUUUGGAUCAAAGCACUUUAAACAUCAGAUCCACCGAAAAACACCAUUUUUUAAAAAUCUGUGCUAGUAAGGAACAUUGUGGUAACCGUUAACCUUAAAGUUGCUCGUGUCUUAGGAUGUAUAUUUCAGUGUUAAUAAAUUAGAGCGACAUUUGUGGGAUAGGGGUGGUGGCGACAUUUUUUGUUAUGGUGAUGGCUUGUAUGAGCAGUUACCAAUGAGAAAAUGUUGAAAGUGACCAGCAAGAAUGCUGGUUAGAUUGAUCACUUAUAUACUUUUUCCAUUUACACACAUCUACAGAUUCACUUCUUAGUUAAUCCAGGUGCCAUAAAAAAGGCUUUCAAGAGUUCAUUUUUUGAGUUUUUGUUAGGGAAAAAAUGUUACUUCAUCUGUUUCCUUUUUGAAAUUGGAAUAUAGCCUUACUGUGCCCUAUUUUUUCUUAUUUUUGAUAGGCUAACAAAAUCAACACUAGGAAAGAUAUUUAAAAGGUAAAAUAGAGACUUUGUUAAAUGAUUUUUUUUACGACAGUUUAACAGGCUAAAGCAGUGGUUCUUAACCGGGGUUCUAUCAAACCCUAGGGGUUCGGUGAGUCAGUCUCAGGGGUUC